AUGUUGUCGCCAACUCUCACUCCCGCACCUCAUCAACCCUCAACCUCACCUCAUCUCAUGUUAAAAACCAUGGCUGAAAAGAUCAUUAAAGAAGGUAAAGCCGAGAUCCUCGCCGGGGAUAAGGUCUUCUACAACCAUAUCCAACAGUUCAAUCGUGAUUUGUCAGUAAUGGUGAUAAGAAGCUGGCACGAACUUUACCACGAUCAUUUCAAAUCCAGGAAGAGAAAUCAUGAACAGACUGAACCUGCAAACGCUCCUUAUAUCAAUAUCCUCGAAGCUUUAAGUGCUACUGGUCUUAGGUCCAUCAGAUACGCCCGUGAAUUGGACCAUGUCAACAAAAUCGUCGCUAAUGAUCUCCUUGCUGAUGCGGUGAAGCUCAUCAAUGAAAACAUCCAAUACAACAACUUAUCCGAUAAGUUAGUGGCUAACCAUGGAGAUGCUAUUAAAUAUAUGGGAUCCACAAACACAAAGUUCCAUGUUGUGGAUUUAGAUCCCUACGGUACUGCCAUGCCGUUCAUCGAUAGUGCCAUUCAAUGUAUAAAAGAUGAAGGGAUCUUAUUGGUCACCUGUACCGAUGCUGGGGUAUUGGCUGGUUCAGGGUACCCUGAAAAGUGUUUCUCGUUAUACGGGGGUAACAAUUUUGGUGGGUCGAUGAUGGGUAGUGAAAGUAAUCAUGAAGUUGGAAUCCGAUUGAUUUUGAAUUCAAUUGCCCAGAUCGCUAGUAAGUACAAAAAGUCCAUUGAACCAUUGUUAUCGUUAUCUAUUGAUUAUUACUUCCGUUUGAUUAUUAAAGUUCGUACCAGCGCCAUCGAAGUGAAAGAAUUGGCCUCUACCACCAUGAUGACUUAUCAUUGUGCGGGAUGUGGUGACAAGAUCAACCAAUAUUUAGGCCGUAAACUGGCAGAAAAGGGCAAGGGGAAGUAUCAAUAUCCUCGUGUGGUUCUCCCAGCAAGUGAAUGUCAAUAUUGUGAAAGUGCUUUCCAUUUAGCUGGUCCCAUGUAUGGAGGGAUCAUCCAUAAUAAGAACUUCAUCGAGAAAGUAUUGGAAAUCAACGCCAAAUCUGACCCUGAAGUUUAUCAAACCACAGAAAGGAUCAAGGGGAUGCUUACACUUGCGUUGAACGAAUUGGAAACCCCAUCAUAUUUCAAUUUGAACCAAUUAUCGUCAUUUUUCAAAGCUCCGCCUAUCUCCAUCCAUCAAUUCUGUAAUGCCAUUGGGUCCUUAGGGUACAAAGUGUCAUUGACCCAUGCUAAGAAGAAUUGUGUGAAGACCAAUGCUCCAUGGGAGGUCAUUUUACAGGUCAACAAACAAUGGUUAAAGAAAUGUAACCUCCAAUUGAUCGAAGACUUUGAUAACGGUAAGGUCAAUAAGACAGACAAGGUGAUAGAGAAGAUCAACAAGUUGAGGGAGAACCCCGAGAUGAGUUCCAAUUUGACCGAGGGAAUGAUUGGGUACAAGAUCUUGAAGAAUUUGAAGGGAGAGUUGACGGUUGAUUUUGAUACGGAGAAUGAAGAGAGUAUGAAGAUUAAGAAGUUGAGGGGGUUGAAGAUGGUGAGGUUUCAGGAGAAUCCGAAGAACUGGGGGCCCAAGGCCAGGCCGAAGUGA